AAAGUGAAAAGGAAAAACGUGUUGGGCACAAUGGUAGUGGUAAUGUAAUGCUUUUGUCACGGAAACUAUGGUCAUAGGAGGGGUUAGAUCUUAGUCACUCACUGGUUUUUUGAUUGAAUGUCAUUGCUACGUGACACUCUCUCUCUCUCUCUCUUUCUCUAUAUAAAUUCUGACGCGGUUUCAUUCAUUACAUUCCCAUUUUAUUCCCUCCUCUCAAUCCCUCUUCACAUAUCAGAUCUCUCUCCCUUCCUUCAAUCUCAACAAGGCUGCUGAGAACAAAUAAGAAAAAUGGUGAAGAUUUGCUGCAUUGGAGCUGGCUAUGUCGGUGGUCCAACCAUGGCUGUCAUUGCCUUGAAGUGUCCUGAGAUUGAGGUAGCUGUGGUUGAUAUUUCUGCGUCACGAAUCAAUGCCUGGAACAGCGACCACCUCCCCAUAUACGAGCCUGGCCUUGAUGAUGUGGUUAAGCAGUGCAGGGGAAAGAAUCUCUUCUUCAGCACUGAUGUGGAGAAGCACGUUGCUGAGGCUGAUAUAGUCUUUGUCUCGGUGAACACCCCGACGAAAACUCAGGGGCUUGGUGCCGGCAAAGCGGCUGAUUUAACAUAUUGGGAAAGUGCUGCUAGGAUGAUUGCUGAUGUUUCGAAAUCAGACAAGAUCGUGGUUGAGAAAUCGACCGUGCCUGUGAAAACAGCUGAGGCAAUUGAGAGGAUUCUGACUCACAAUAGGAAAGGCAUCAAUUUCACAAUUCUGUCUAACCCUGAAUUUCUUGCUGAGGGUACAGCUAUCGCAGAUCUCUUCAAGCCUGAUCGAGUCCUUAUCGGAGGCAGGGAAACUCCAGAAGGUCAAAAGGCUAUUCAUACUCUUAGAGAUGUUUAUGCCCAUUGGGUUCCCAUGGAGCGAAUCCUUUGCACCAAUUUGUGGUCUGCUGAGCUCUCCAAGCUUGCAGCCAAUGCUUUUCUGGCACAGAGAAUCUCUUCUGUGAAUGCAAUGUCGGCACUUUGUGAGGCAACUGGUGCGGAUGUGUCUCAGGUGUCCCACUCCAUUGGGACCGAUUCGAGAAUUGGACCCAAGUUCUUGAAUGCCAGUGUUGGCUUUGGUGGCUCUUGCUUCCAGAAGGACAUUUUGAACUUGGUCUAUAUCUGUGAGUGCAAUGGCCUUCCUGAGGUAGCCAAUUACUGGAAACAGGUCAUUAAGGUGAAUGACUACCAGAAGACUCGGUUUGUGAACCGAGUUGUUUCUUCAAUGUUCAACACUGUCUCAGGGAAGAAAAUCGCCAUUCUGGGAUUUGCUUUCAAGAAGGACACUGGUGACACCAGGGAGACCCCAGCAAUCGAUGUGUGCAAGGGGCUGUUGGGAGACAAGGCCAAGUUGAGCAUAUAUGAUCCUCAGGUUUCUGAAGAUCAAAUCAUGAGGGAUUUGGCAAUGAAGAAGUUUGAUUGGGACCACCCUGCUCAUCUUCAACCAUUGAGCCCAACUUCCAACAAGCAAGUAUCUGUGGUUUGGGAUGCAUAUGAAGCAAUUAAGGAUGCACAUGGUAUUUGCAUUAUGACUGAGUGGGAUGAGUUCAAGAACCUUGAUUACCAAAAAGUUUAUGAAAACAUGCAGAAGCCUGCAUUUAUUUUUGAUGGCCGGAAUGUUGUGGAUGUUAAGAAGCUGAGGGAGAUUGGUUUCAUAGUUUAUUCAAUUGGAAAACCACUAGAUUCAUGGCUCAAGGACAUGCCUGCUGUGGCUUAAAAGGAAAAGCACAAUCUGAAGCUGUCUUUAGGGACGAAUUUGUUGGUCUUUCAGAGAGAAUGCCUCAAUUCUCUGUUAUAUUCAUGCUAUUCUUAUAGUUUAGAUUUCUGUUGCUGUUCUCUUAUAUGUAUGUUACUUUUAUUUGAUCAGGUUUUAUCCCCAGUUAGAGCUUAAUUGCUUAAAUGUUGUCCUUAGCUAGCUAAAAAUCCUUAUUUGUUGACCUGGUUUAAUGUAAUAAAUGAGUACUGAGGGAAUUUUUAAACAAUGGAUGAUAUCAUCAUUUGUUUUAUGUUCCUUUUGUGAGUUUCUAUGUGUUCCAACAUUUUUUUAUUCUCU